AUGUCCUCAAUUUCAAAUAUCCGACUUCAAAUAUGGGUCUUGGGGCUGAUACGCGCCACGGAAGCCAUCGCAUGGUCGAGUAUCUUCCCUUACGCAUACUUUAUGAUCCAGUCCUUCAAUGUCCCGGAACAUGACAUUGCCUUCUACUCCGCUGCCCUGAUCGCCUUGUUCACCCUUGGCGAGUUCCUCACGGGCAUUGUCUGGGCCCGUGUGAGCGACAAGAUUGGACGAAAACCGACAAUGUUGAUGGGCACCUUCUGCGGGUUUGUCACUGUUCUCACCUUGGGGUUCUCGCGCUCUGUCGGUGUUGCCAUGGCGUCUCGAGCCUUUGGCGGGCUGUUGAAUCCCAACGUGGGCCUGGUCCAGACGUCCACCGGGGAACUCGCGAGCAAGGAGCAACGGCCGAAGGCGUUCUCCCUUGUCACAUUCAUCAGAUCUGUCGGAGACCUCAUCGGGCCGGUCCUCGGGGGGCUCCUGGCCGACCCAGCUACCCUUUACCCAUCCGUAUUCCCCCAGAACUCACUUUGGACUAGUUACCCAUACCUCCUCCCGAACCUCGUUGUCGGCAUGCUCCAAGCGCUUACCUUUAUCCUCACGUUUUUCGUUCUCCAAGAGACCCACCCGGGAAUGUCAAGACCUUCGCAAGCCACACCGGGACACUCCGUUGUGCAGGCCUUUACAAGGUUCUUCUCCCGGCGGGAUAAACACCCAGAGACCACCACUUACACCCCCUUACUACACGGCGACCCAACCGGACUCGAAGCCCAACAGGGUCCCACCGAGGACGAUCCUCUUCUCGACCAACAACAACAACAACAGACCCUCGGCAACGAUGCUCGGACAUAUUCGGAUUCGGCCUUCGACCCUUCCAACCCACACUCACCACCACCACCGAACCCGGCCGCUCCCAAACCCCCUUCCCCCUUUCGAGCCUUCCCACCCCAAGUGAUCUUGCAGGUCCUUGCCCUCUCCCUACUCCCCUUCCACAAAAUCGCCUCCGAUUCCCUCACGAGCACCUUUCUCGCCCUGGACGCCAAUGACCCCAACGACAAUGAGCCCGCAUCCGGAGCAGGCGCAGCAACCACGACAACACCGCGGGGAACCCCCUUGCCCCAUUCCCAACGGGGAUUCGGCUUCGACACCCGCAUGAUCGGCAUCAUCUUCCUAACAGAGGCCAUCUUCCGAGUCUUGAUCCAACCAACGGCGAUCCCCUGGUUUGUCUCCAAGCUUGGCGCGUUGCGGCCCUUCCACUGGGUGCUGGAGUUAUAUCCGGCUAUGUACAUCUUCACGCCUUUCCUACCCCAGCUUCCUUCUCCCUUUGGAGUGGUGCUCUUGCUAUUGGACCUGUGGACAAAAGUGGCAUUGUCAUCGGUGGGGUAUAUCUGUUCCGCUGUGUUAAUCACAAACACCUCCCCCUCGAGCGAAGCCCUAGCGCGCAUCAACGGCGCAGCCGCCUCAUUCAGCUGUCUCGCUCGCUCAGCCGGCCUGCUUCUAAGCGGCGGGCUGUUUGGCGCCGGCUUGCAAUUGGGGUACUUGCAGAUUCCGUUUUGGACUUUGGGUGCUGUGGCGCUGGUGGGUGCGAUUGAGGCGGGGUUUUUGGUUGAUCAUUCUUGA